AUGUUAGGAAGAUAUUCCUUUAGCCUGUUGAAACAAACACGUCAGUUUACCAUAUACUCAUCUCUUUUGAAGAAAAGGGUACCCUUAGAAAAGGCUUCCGAUACAGAAAUAGUAGAUGCCUCCAAAUACUUAAAGGAAGCCACCAAACAGUUUGCCACAACACUAGAACUUCACCAAAAGAGAUUAAACGAAACGAAACAGGGAACUUCAAACUCUAAGGUGUUUGAUAAUCUGAUAAUAUCCGAUGGCAAGAAAUUCACAGACAUGGCCACCACAUCAAUGAGAGGCAACAAUUCUUUACUAAUCACUGUAUUUGACCCGAAGGAUACUAAGAAAAUCAUAAGUAGUAUUCUCGGUGCUGGAUUAAAUUUGAAUCCUGAGCGAAUUCCUAAUAAUGAACAACAAUUGAAAGUAUUGUUACCACCAGUCACUACAGAAUCCCGUCUUAACACGGCAAAGCUAUUGAAAGGAGUUUUCGAAGAAUAUAAAAACUCUUCUUUGAAAGUUUCUUUGGGCCAUAUAAGAAAUCAGAUCCUUAAGGAGGUGAAAAGUCUUAAGAAAAAGGAUGACUCGGUCAGAAAAGUCAUUACUGAUAUAGAGAAAGAGCACCAGAAUUAUGUUAAAAAGUUAGAAGAACAGUUCAAGCAAGUUGAGAAGAAUGUAUUGCAUUAG